UUAUUAUCUUUUCCCAUAUUUUGUUCUCUGUCUUCUUCUGACGAUUGUUCACGUUUCCUUUUCCUGCUUUCCCUCUUGAACCUACACACUCGUUAGUUAUUACUGCUACAAUUAAUUAUCAUUAUAUAACCAGGUCCCUAAAUCAGCUAACUAAACUGUUUUUUGCCACCAAAGAAGCCCCCGGGCCCUCCCGCUUCGUUAUCACAGUCGCUUCCUGCCCUUCUUCUUCUCUUCUUUAUCUGCCAAUUGGGUAUAGUACAUGUCUGUACAUCUACAUGUACAUUACAUCUUACAUCUGGCGCUCUUUCAAUCCUAUCCUAUCAGAGAUCUUCGCACAGCUCGCAGACGACGGCCUGGGGCCAAGAACCGCAGAUCAGCGCCUUCCCCGCAAGUUACACGGCGCAUCCUGCUAACGCACUUGCUAACGUAGUUACUUACUUGCUAACGCACUUGCAUGCUUUAGCGUCUGUGCCGGCAUUAGAUUAGCCCUGCUUCCAACCGACGUAAGCUUCAUCUAUUCCCUACAAUAAUCGUCUUUGUUUCAAGAACCGAUGAAGGAUCGGCCUAGAAUUCGGCAAAAACGCUUUUCCCGGGACAGGUUCCAACUACUGGGCAAGGGCAGCGGCAACCACCAAAACGAUGCCACUGACAACAUCCCAUUGACCAGUGUCCCGAGUCGAGGCCAGAACGGUGCGCGACAGGAGGACUCCAAUGCUUCUUCUUCUUCGUAUUCCUCCUCCUAUAUCCCGCCGACAGACCUGCCUGCUGAGAACGACAACAAUGACAACAACGAGAAGAGCGGAUUAUUCCAUCAUAGCCCAGGCGGACGCAGGAUGCUGUCGUCGCAUGGGAAGCAGCUCGAGGCCCCGGAAGAUGGCACCAUCAACCGCAUGGGAGAGCUGUACAAUGCGAUUCUGAAUUACUCAGUCAUCACGCGGUAUUUUAUCUACGUUACGCCCUUGGCGUUGCUCAUUGCCAUCCCCAUUGUUGUCGGAGCUACAGUUGCUCAAAAUGCAGAAAUCGCGGGUGUUCGCAUUGUAUGGUUCUUUACUUGGGUGGAGAUUGUCUGGUUGAGUUUGUGGGUGUCAAAAGUUGUCGCUCAUUACAUCCCCUAUGUGUUUCAAUUCCUGUGCGGCAUUGUCAGUUCUGGGACGAGGAAGUAUGCACUCCUCUUGAAAGCCUUGGAGAUACCAUUCUCUCUCAUUGGCUGGUCACUGACCUCGCUUGUAACUUUUAUUCCGUUGAUGACGCGAAACCCUUCCAAUAGAGCUUCCGGUAACACAGGUAUCCAUCAUUGGCAACGUGUGGUCAAUAAUGUCUUGUUUGCCGCGUUUAUCGCGACUUUGAUUCUAGCUGUGGAGAAGAUUCUGAUUCAAUUGAUAUCGAUCGGCUACCACCGGAGACAGUUCGAUUCCAGAAUCAAGGAGUCCAAGCGGAACAUUGCCCUCCUUUCUAUGCUCUAUGAGGCUUCACGAACCCUUUUCCCUGAAUAUUGUAAUGAGUUUGAAGAUGAAGACUAUGUGAUCAACGACUCCAUUGUUGGUGGUGUUGGGAAAUUUGGCCGUGGCCACAAGCGACGAGGAUCCGCUUCGCCGCUCCGUUUGAUUCAUGGUGUAGGUCGAGUCGGGGACAGAAUUACAGCUGCAUUCGGCAACGUCGCCCAAGAAAUUACUGGGAAACAGGUCUUCAAUCCAACUUCUGCCCAUUCGAUCGUGACCUUAGCGCUCGAGAAACGCAAGUCGACUCAGGCACUUGCACGCCGUCUGUGGAUGUCCUUCGUCCUCCAGGGACGAGAGAGCCUUUUAUUGGAUGAUAUUAUCGAGGUUCUUGGUUCCGGACGUGAAGAAGAUGCGAAGGAAUGCUUCGCCAUGCUAGAUCUCGAUGGCAAUGGUGACGUCAGCCUGGAGGAAAUGAUACUUACUGUCACCGAGAUUGGGAGGAUAAAAAAAUCGAUCAACAACAGCUUGCAUGAUGUGGAUCAGGCAAUUCAUGUGCUGGAUAGCCUUCUGUGUGUUGUCGUCUUCAUUAUGGUUGUCUUGGUUUUCGUUGCUUUUCUCAACACCGGAUUUGGAACCACUCUUGCGGCGGGGGCGACUACUCUUCUUUCUUUAUCCUUCGUCUUUGCCACGACCGCCCAAGAGGUCCUCGGCAGCACGAUUUUUCUUUUCGUAAAGCACGCGAUGGACGUAGGAGACAGAGUCGAUAUCGGGGAUCGUCAACUGAUUGUAGAACACAUCUCUCUCCUUUACACCGUUUUCAGGGGUGUUCGAGAUCACAAAACCUUUCAAGCGCCAAACAUAGUUCUGAACACACAAUGGAUUGAGAACGUCACUCGUUCAAAGGCCAUGCGCGAGCAGAUCACUCUCACGGUGGAUUUUGGUACCUCGUUCGCAGAUAUCCAGCUGCUCAAGGCCGAGAUGCAGAAAUUCGUCCGUGAUAAGGAAAACUGCCGCGAUUUCCAGCCAGAUGUUGACAUCGAGGUCGUCGGCCUUGGCAAUAUAGAUAAGCUCGAGCUCAAAAUCGAAAUCCGCCAUAAAUCCAACUGGUCCAAUGAGACUGUCCGAGCUGCCCGUCGGUCGAAAUUCAUGUGUGCAUUGGUCCUUGCCAUUCGCAAGAUUCCCAUCUAUGGACCUGGCGGUGGAGAUGCAGUGCUGGGCGACGUUACUAGGCCGUCAUAUUCUGUCUCCAUAUCGCCCGAACAGGCCCAGGCAAGCAAAGACGAGUGGGCUAAGGGUAAAGAGGGGAAACGGAUGGUUCCCACAGAUGAGAUGGACAACUAUUUCGCAGGUACCAAGGAGCAGGAUGGUUCCGAAGGCACCUCCACCGCAGUGGAAGGCAGGUCUCCCGGUGACGGCAAACCCGUUUACCGGGGCGCUUCAACCCGAUCAGUUCCUGCAAAAGACAAGGAAGCUUCUGUCGUCCAGGCACUGCAUUCACGUCCACCAGCGAUGGACCAAGCACGCAUCGACGGAUGUGAGAUCCCCCGCGACAGCAACACUACCCCCUCCAAGAAGCACAAUGGAGCAGGCGCAAGCGACAACGGAAGCGGGACUUCCAAGCCACACCGUGACGGGCCCCCAGUCGCCCGAGGAACAUCCACAGGACGACGGACGGGAGUCCCAGCUACGAGAUUCGUAUCGCCCAAGACACCCAUCAAUGAAGCCGACGUGCCAACCCACACCGUGCCCCCAACCUCAGCACCCCCAUCAUUACCAGCAGCGGCAGCAACAGCAGCCAACCCACCGCUAGCGCAACAUCCACCGCCCCAACCACCACCAACAACAGCCCUACCAUCAACCCCUACACCCGAAUACUAUGAACUCACCGAACGGGACCGCCACCCGUCCUCCUAUUACUCCUCCUCUUCUCCCACCGCCGAUAAUCCAUACCUACCACCCCCAUCGCCGCACCCAUGCGCAUCUCAAAUGCAAUCGCAGCCACUACAGCCCCCUCCAGCAGUUGCGUAUGGAGGUAGUGGCAGCCGUGCUGAUAAUCUACCUCCACCGAUCGCUCCAGGCCCGGGAGGAGGACCGUUACAGCAGCAGCCACCGAGACAGCUUGUGCCACCGCCGGGCGGGAAUGCGUUUGCACUGCCGCCGCGGAAUGAAUACCAGUACUGACACCGGCAGCAACAGCAGUAUCAAAAUAGGAUGAUGAUAGAUAAAAAUAGUUAGGAGUUUUUAUUUGAUUUAUUUUUGAUUUAUUUUUGAUCUAUUUAUUUUUUUGUUAUUUUGGGGGGAAUUUACGAAGAUGGCUUGUAUAUACAAAAUAUAUUAGAGAAGAAUUUGGUUUCUAGACCAGUGGCAAUGUACGAACAUACUAUUUGAAUGUGACUAUGGGUGGGAUCUAUGGAGGGCAAUUGGCGGGGCGGUUGCAUGCGUUGUUUUUGGAUAUUUUGAAUUUUUUAUCUAACCCAUCUACUCCGUACGCUCUUCCCUAUAUAUAUAGUUAUUAUGAUUUUUUUAUAUGUAUUAAUUAUUAUCUUGCGUCUUAACGGUUUUAUGCCCUCUCUCAAACGUUGCUAUAUUGAACUAGCCCCGUUGACAAGAAGAGGGAUUCGCGAUAUAAUAUUAAUUCAGAUUGUAAUAGUUAUAGUACAAUUACUCGAAAAUGCACUCAACCCGUGCUAAAAACAGCUUCAGCCAUUCAGUCACAGCAUUGCCCAAAUGUUUCCAUCCAACCAUUCGUUUGCAAUAUCCCGUAUAUUAUUCUAUCACAUAUACAUAUAUGUACUGU